CGUGGUGUUCCCGUUGCUGUGGGACACGGAGGCCUCAGUGUCCAGAGUGGCUCUGGGCUCCUUGCCGGAGGAUCCUCCUGCCCGAGGCAUUCUCAGCAGCCAGCCCAGCCUGACGGGUGUCCUUCUGUGCUUGCAGGGCUACAGGCUGCAGACGUGUGCAGCGCAGCCAAGAUGAUCCAGCACGUGCUUGCUGCAGUUGGCACCCUGUACACUGUGGCUUAUUCGGGGUAUUUUUUAACCCACUUGGCACGGCACCUCAUGUCUGGAUCCCGAGCAGCUCCUCCUCCUUCGGGCACAAAAGCAGCACCAGCACCUCCUGUGGCUCCCUCCGUUUCCAAAGUGGAGGCCAAAGAGGAGGGAGACAGCAGUGAGCUUCCUGCUGCUCUGGGGGACGAUGGUGACCUUCCCUCAGUGCCGGGAGAUGACAGUGAACUUCCCGCUGCUCUGGGAGACGAGGGCGAAUAUCCCGCGGUGUGGGAAUACAACGGCGAGGCUCCCGCGGUGUGGGACAAGGACAGUGGACAUCUCCCGGCGUGGGACGAGGAUGGUGGAUGUCCCCUGGUGUGGGACCAGAAUGGCCCAACUCCCACGCUGGGGGAUGAGGACGGGGGACAUAUCCCAGUGUGGGAUGAGGACGGAGGACAUCCUGUGCCUUGGGAAGCGGAGCAUGAACCUCUCCCAGAAUGGGAAGUGGACAGUAAACGUCCCCUGGCUUGGAAAGAAGAUGGCAAACCUGCAGCGUUUUGGGAAGAGGAUGGAGAAGCUGCAGCCUUUUGGGAAGAGGAUGGAGAAGCUGCAGCCUUUUGGGAAGAGGAUGGAGAACCUCCCUCUGCUUGGGAAGAGGACACUGAACCUCCCUCCGCUGUGGGAUCCUGGGCUGAACAUUCUGACAGCAGUGCAGCCCUGCAGGCAGAGGAGAGAGGGGAGUGGUGCCUGAUGCAGCUGAGGAACACCGUGAGCGAGGCGCAGCCUGCCCAGAAAUACCUGGAAGUGGAGCAGAUUGGCCAAGGGGCUUUUGGAGCCGUUUCUAAAGGACUCGACAGGGCCACUGGAGGAGAGGUGGCCAUCAAGAAAAUGAGUCUCACAGGGCAGAACAGGGAACGAGCUGUGAAUGAGAUCCUGCUCCUGAAGGACAAGAAGCACCCCAACAUUGUCAACUUUUUGGACAGCUUCCUUGUUGAUGGAGAUCUCUGGCUGGUGAUGGAAUACAUGGAUGGAGGAACUUUGCAGGACGUUGUCAGACAGACACGCAUGGCUGAAGGAGAGAUGGCAGCUGUCAGUCGGGAGUGUCUGCAGGGCCUGGAUUUCCUCCAUUCCAAGCGGGUGAUCCACAGGGAUGUGAAGAGCUCCAACAUCCUUCUGGGAAUGGAUGGCUCUGUCAGGCUGGCUGAUUUUGGCCUCUGUGCUCAGCUCAGCCCUGAGCAGGACCAGUGCAGCUCCAUGGUGGGCACUGCUCACUGGAUGGCCCCAGAGGUUGUGACCAGAUCUCCUUACGGCCCCAAGGUGGACAUCUGGUCCUUUGGUAUCGUGACCAUCGAGAUGGUGGAAGGAGAACCUCCUUACUUCAGGGAAACGGCGGCCAUGGCUCGCGCUCUGAUCCGGCAGAACGGGACCCCGCAGCUGCAGGAGCCCCGGCGCCUGUCGGCUCUGCUGCGGGACUUCCUCGAGUGCAGCCUGGAGCCGGACGAGGAGCGGCGCUGGGCUGCCCAGGAGCUGCUGCAGGUGGAUGCCAAGGGCUGCAGGGGAAGCAGCAGCGCCAGGGAGGGCUUUUCUUGGGGGGCCCCCUCCCAUCGUCUCCAGUCUCGCUGCUUUCCACACGCAAAGCAAGCAGAAUCCUCGCCUGCUCUGCCUUGGCAGGCUCCUUUCCAGCUCACCUGGACCUGCUGCCCCACAACGAGCAGGGACAUCUUCCAGCAGCUCAGGGGGCUCAGAGCCCUGCCUGACCUGAGCUGGGAUGUUCCCUGGGAGGAGGCACCUCCCACAUCUCUGGGCACCUUCUGUCACUGUUUCCCCACUCUCCUGGUUAAAAAAUUCUUCCUUAGAUCUAAUCUGAGCCUGCUUCCCUCUCCUGAGUUUCAAACCAUUUCCCUUUGUCCUGUGGCAACAGAGCCUGUGAGGAACUUGACUCUGGAAAGUAACAGUUCAUUUCCUUUUUUUUUCAUUCUUUUGGCAGCACCCAUUUUUAGCAUCAGCCAAGCCUCUCUCCAGCCUGACCCCUCUGAUCACUGCAGCAAAGCAACUGAGGGAGCAGCGGAGGAGAUGAAGCACUUGAGGACAGCUUCUUGUUACCGUAGUUAGGACAACUAGUUAGUUAUGGUAGUUAGCACUGCUAGUUGGUUAUGGUAGUUAGGACAGUCUGUUUGUUAUGGUUCUUAUGUUAGCCUGUUUGGUAUGGCAGUUGUUUGAAUAAAAACUCUCUUAAACCUCAA